GAUGAUUGCCGAGUGAUUCAGUUCAAAGCAGGAACGAAAAACAAGAUCUUAACAAAACACGUCAUAAGAAGUGAACAAGCAAAGGACAAGGAUAUCUGCGAGUUGAAAUGCUACUUUGAACCAAACUGUGUGUCUUAUAACUAUGGUCCGCUGGGAGAUGGAACAUUCACAUGCGAGCUAAGUAACAGAACUCAUUUGCAAGUCUCUCCCAGUUACUUCGAAUAUAGGAACGGCUUUUUAUACAGAGCUAUCAUUGUAAGUAAAUAACAAUAUCAGUUUUACCAGGAUGAUCGUUCCGCGAACGAGAAACCUCUGUUUCAAGUUGAUCCUCCUCGUUUAUUUAUUUACCCACUUUAUUAUUUAUCUAUCUAAAUACUCAGUCUAUUUAUUUACUUAUCUAAGCUUUAUCUAUCUAAUUACUUGAUUCAUCUUUUGCAUUUCAGAGUUUCUGUGAGAGCAAUCCGUGCGUUAGUAACUCUACAUGUCAAGCGGGGUUUGGUAGUCAUGGUUACCGCUGUAUUUGUUCUGAUGGAUAUGAAGGAGAGCUUUGCCAAAUAGGUGAGAAAGGAAACUCCUCGCGAUAGCAGGUCCUCAUCUCCCAGGUCCACAGUUAAAGUUACAUAAUAAAGCUGUUAAUAAAGUAGCCUCUCAUCAAGGAGAGUUUUAAAUCCUCAUCUGCUUAAACAUGACUGUCACUUUGCGGCUGAUUGUACAAACACCGCUGGAUCAUUCGACUGCAGCUGUCAGUCUGGACACCUUGGAGAUGGACGGCAUUUUUGCUCAGGUAUAUCUUGAUUUCUGACUAAACACGAAAUCUUAUUUAGGUAACCUACGCUACGCUUUUUCCACCUCUUUACACCAUAUCAACAAAAGAAAGCUGAAAGAUUUGAUUUAUCAAUCGCCAAAGUUUUGUUAACCAUUCAAGUGUGGCUUGCAAUUGUGCAAUGCGAGCUAACGCAGCUAACGCUCAUAUCUGUCACAGAUAUUCAAUGAGGCGUCCUUCUGGUCAAGAAAAUUGCAAUUUUCGACACCAUUUACGCGCGGCGAUACUUAUCAAAAUACUAAUCUGACUAAUCUUAUCUGGGCAAUUGCAAAGUGAGAAUUUUAUUCUAACUUCUAUCGACAAGCUCUUUAUUUCGAUCAAACUUUUCCUUGACUUGACUUGCUAAUAUCAUUUUUAAAACCUACUAAUGUUCUUAACAGAUAACUGGAAAAAGAUCAACACCGAUCCUGUCUGCUUUGGGACAAAAAAUGACGACUACGGAUCCUUUGAAAUCCAAGAAGCCGGUAAAAUCUACACCAUCAAACUUGUCCAUACAUAUGGCGCCGUAACAUGUAAUACUUACUACAAAUCAACAAGGAGGGGAAGUUCACACCCACGUUUCGGACGUCAUAGACUACUGACGGUGAAAGCUUACCGCAACAAGACUGUUCUUCCACUUGCUGAGUUCGCGAAAGGCAGUGAUGACUAUAGGCACCAACUUAACGAUGCUUAUGUCAACUCCCCGACGCUUGUGUUUAACCUGCUCCCCACCCCUCUGGUUGUGUCGAUUGGACAGCAGUUCCUAAUAUGGUAUGGGCAAGACUUGGCUAAUUAUACCGAGUACAAUAAUGCUGGUGAGACAUGCGCAGAUGUUUACGCUUUGUACCCUUAA